CACCUGACCUACCCGUGAUCAGAUCGGCUUUCCGUUCUUCGACUUGUUUUGUUGUUAUUGUCGUCUUUGUAAUUGCAUUUGAACAUCCUAAGCAGCGUGUAUCCUACCUAGUGACAUCUUCCUGAAACCUUGCCUCGAUCACCGUCUGGUAGCUGACAUUCUUUACCCUAUUGCAUAGUCGACGCUCAACCCGGCCGACAAAUAAUCGAUGUUCCGUGCCAGUAGGCCGACUCUGCCCGAGGUUCGUCGUGGUCGUCAUCGCCAUUCAAGGUACGGAAAUGCUGCUCACCGAAAUCUCUGGCCGCAGUCGUACCGUUCGCCGUCACAUGGAAUCUGCACGAUGGACAUGGAGUACAGCAUGCAUCAGGAAUCAGUACCGAACCACAAUCGUUUUCAUGCUUUGACCAACGUGCAGGUUCUGGAUAGACCGCAGAGGCCAUGCAGAACACGGGACUCACGUCGACGAUCGCGCAUUAUGGCCUCCAGGAGCCGUCGGGGAGGUCGACGCAACAGGGGAAGAUAUGCUACGCGAGCACUCGACGAGGCAUUGUCCAGAAACAUCAGCGACGUCCUAAGCAAGAACGAAAAACGAUCUCCUCCUGUGCAUCGUGUCUCUGAUGCUGCGUCUUUACCAUCGAUGGCCAUCGUCCCAGCAUCAAAAAUCCCUGCUGCCGUUUCAGCCGCCCCGCGACUCCCUGAGCUAGAGUUAAGCAGAUUUGAUAUCCUGAAGAGCGAUUUCUUCGCACCGGCAGCGCGCAUUCCGCCGAGCGGGGACAUAGACAAGCGGCUACCGAAAUGGUGGUCUGAUCUGGCAACCGCAACCCAAGAUUGCGUUUGGCCACACCGCGUGCCAAUUUUCUGGGAUUUAUCGUCGUUGCCAGAGCCUGGAUCGUCGUCAACCAACAAGAACGCUCACGAUCUCGUCUUCAAAGGCAAAUUUGGGCCGAGGAGGCAGUCUCGAUUCUUUCCGCGUCCAUCAGCUCCUCAACACGGCGUUCAGGCAUCUAUAGUGCAUAGUAUCCCACUGAAAGAGGCGCAGGUACGUCACACCAGCGGGAGUCUGGACGAAGAGAGCCGCCAAGUGCACCAACCGAAUCCGUAUUCGGCGCCCGACAAGUCUUCCACCAAUACCGAGAAGGAGCAUGAAAACGAGCUUCAGACCGCCAUAAAUCUGUGGCGCAUCCUUUCGAUCGAAGCACGACGAGUGACAGGCGGAGCGACCAUACUCGACACAAAAGCAGCCUCUCGGCCCCAUCUUGUAUCUGAGAAUGGACGACAUGAUGCAUCAAGCCAGCGUGAAGAGACUGAAUACGUAGGACUCGACGCCCGAGGGAUACCUUGCGUUCAUGCAAACAGCCUUACUGGUUUUGCAAAUGACGCCGCUGCACCAUUUGGGUCUCUGAUCGACUCCGCUAUCUGCAUGAAUGCACCGGUCUCGUGGUAUCAAAGCGCAAACAAAAUGUCGGUUGAUCUGAAUCCUGCCGAUAUUCCGCUGCCGGAUGAUUCGUGGACUGGGUUGCCAUCGGAGCAGCAAUCCGUCGAUAUUGGCGUGAGAGUUCAGAUCCCAACGCGAGCAAAUGCUACCAUGGACGACGUCUAGGAGACGGAAACGCUCGUUUCGGAGAAUUCGGAGCUUGAUGAAGAGGC